CGUUAUUCCAUGGUGCUCCGUAAAAAGCUGACGCGCGGCACUGACGGACGCGAAAUGCCCGCAAAAUGUCAGUGAGUGUCUGACAGAAUCUGAGAACGAGAGCAUUUCCGCGCGAUGGAUCUGGCCAAGUCGUUCUUCAAUGUUCGCGAUCAUGACGGUUACGUGGGAAAGGAGGAGCAUCACAAAAAAUUGGAAACAGCAGUCUCCGAGGAUGAGAUUGAAGUGGAAGUCGGUGGUCUGUGUGGCGAAACCCUGUCGCCGGCACCGGGUGGUCCAUUCUCCGCGUUGACUUCGUCCAUGUGGCCACAGGAUAUCUUAGCUAAGUUGAAUCAACCCGACGACCCAAAUUCGCAGCCUGAAUACAGUGUUCUGCCGAUUGUGAAAUGUAGAUUUGAUGAAUUUGGCUUUCGUGUGGAGGAAGAAGAUGGUCCUGAGCAGAACUCGAAGAAGCUGCUGGGCAUACCGUUCGUUGAAGAGCCUCAGCACAGGCUGCAGUGGGUUGCUCUUUUGGAGUUCAGCCACAACAAAGAGGUGGCGGAGCUCUCAUGGCAAAAUAUGGAUCGAAGGCUUCCCCGUACGGAUAAGCUACGCGAGAUGGUUCGGCAUGGGAUACCUCAUUCCUUGAGGCCGCAGAUCUGGAUGCGCAUGUCAGGAGCGCUCCAGAAAAAGUGUUCGUCAGAGAUAAUGUACAAAGAUAUAGUGAAGGCCUCGAGUAACGACGCGUUAAUGACUAACAAGCAGAUCGAGAAGGAUCUUCUUCGCAUUAUGCCAGCCAAUGCAUGCUUCAGCCACCUUCACAGCACCGGUAUACCCCGUUUAAGGCGCGUCAUGCGUGCCUUAGCUUGGCUCUAUCCUGAUAUCGGGUACUGCCAAGGCACUGGUACUAUGGCGGCGUCACUAUUGCUGCUCUUGGAAGAGGAAGAUGCGUUCUGGAUGAUGGCGACGAUAGUGGAAGAUUUGUUACCAGCUUCUUAUUAUUCCUCAACAUUACUGGGUAUCCAAGCUGACCAAAAAGUACUUCGUACACUAGUAGCUAAUUAUCUUCCCGAUAUAGAUCACGUUUUGGUGCAGCACGAUAUAGAACUGAGCCUCAUAUCUCUGCACUGGUUUCUGACUUUAUUCGCGUCGGUUGUGCACAUGAAGAUAUUGCUGCGCAUAUGGGAUAUGUUCCUUUUCGACGGAUCCAUAGUUUUGUUUCAAAUCACGCUCGGCAUGCUGAAGAUAAAAGAGACAGAUUUGAGGCAACUGGAGAACUCCGCGCAAAUAUUUAAUGCCCUCUCGGACAUACCAGGAGAUAUCGAUGACGUGGACCAAUUGUUCGAUGUAUCUUUAGAAGUUAGUGGAUCGUUGACAGACGUGUUAGUCGAAACUCAUAGACGUCGUCACUUGGCAUAUUUAAUGGCUGACCAAGGUGGAUUAGUAGGUAACCCGGAUGCUGUACCAAAUUUGCCGAAGCAACAUUUGAAUAGACGUCAAAUGAAGCGGAGUAAAUCUAUGUUGCAAGCAAUUUUAUUUGGAAACGACGACGGCGAGGACGAUACGAAGUCGAAAAACAUUCGCCAAACGGAGAUUCUGGUGGAUUUAAGGGAAGCGGUUUUACAAGUUGCGAGACACUUCAUAAACGUCGAUCCAAAAUCGAACAACGUCCUCCUCAUAGCAGAUUACACCAUGGAAAGUCACGCGAAAGACCAUGACAAUUAUGUCAACGUAUCGCGAACGCGGAAGAGGAGAGCCAAAGCUUUACUAGAUUUUGAAAGACAUGACGAUGACGAGCUUGGUUUUCGAAAGAACGAUAUAAUUACGAUCAUCAGUCAAAAGGAUGAGCAUUGCUGGGUGGGAGAACUCAACGGGCUGAGAGGGUGGUUUCCAGCAAAGUUUGUAGAACUGCUGGACGAGCGGAGCAAGCAGUACACGUGUGCCGGAGACGACGCGGUUAGCGAGGCUGUUACGGAUUUAGUAAGAGGCACGUUGUGUCCCGCGGUGAAAGCGGUGCUGGAGCACGGAAUGAAGAGGCCGUCGUUCCUCGGCGGACCGUGUCACCCGUGGCUGUUCAUCGAAGAAGCCUCCAACAGAGAGGUAGAAAAGGAUUUCAAUUCCGUUUACAGCCGACUGGUGCUAUGCAAGACGUACAGAUUGGACGAAGACGGCAAGGUUCUAACGCCGGAAGAGUUACUAUACCGUUGCGUCCAGUCUGUGAAUUUGACGCACGACAACGCGCACGCUCAGAUGGACGUGAAGCUGCGUUCCCUCAUCUGCCUCGGAUUGAACGAGCAAGUGCUUCAUUUAUGGUUGGAGGUUCUCUGUUCUUGCGUAGAAGUGGUACAAAAGUGGUAUCAGCCAUGGAGUUUCAUAAACAGUCCAGGAUGGGUGCAAAUCAAAUGCGAAUUAAGGAUACUGAGUCAGUUCGCAUUCAACUUGAACCCCGACUGGGAGCUGCCGCCCAAGAAGGAGCAGUCGCAGCCUCUAAAGGACGGGGUUCGUGAUAUGCUAGUCAAACAUCACUUAUUUAGCUGGGAUCUCUAGCACGUACGAGAUAGUUUAUGCGCUUGAUAAUUAUUUAUUAUUAAUAAGUAUUAUUAAGAAGAUAAUUUAUUAUUAAUAAGUAGAUGGCCGUGCCAUCCUCUCAAAUUUGAUCUUCAACCCAUGAUCUCUAAUUUAUAGUAGAUCCAAUAUCUAGAUUGGGGCAGAAUUUUAAUUUAAGGAUAAUUUCAAGACUGUAAAAACAUUCUUCUAUAAAUUCCAUUAUAUAUAAAAAGAUAAAAUUAAUCGUUAAUAUAAUUUCACGCGCGCGCGCGAUUGACAACCGUGAAAAAAAACCAGAUCUUAUAUCUAUAAAAUAGAAAUAUUUAGCUAGAAAAUAUCAGAUAACCACUGUUAUCUGUUAUAUAUGAUGUCUAACCGUGUAAUAUAUAAUUUCUGUAUAUCUGUGUAUAUAUGUACAAGUAUAUAUAUAUAUUAUCACAUCUUCAAUUGUGACGUAUCCUGCAACAGAAAAAAAA